AUGGCUGGGAGGACGGACAUUGCCGAACAGCUCAAGGAACUCAUCUCCUCCUUGAAAGAACAGGGCAUUCUAGAUGAGAAGUUUGAUGAAGUGAUGAGACGGUUGAAAGAUGAACGAAACCCUCGCUUUGCUGUUGAAAUCAUAAACCACUUCUACGGUGAUGCUGAAAAUAACCUAGAAGAACUUACAGACCUGAGUGUUCUUCCUAUCAUGGACUAUCCUCAGCUGACAAAUCUCGCCCUCAGUCUCAAGGACGCUUGCUCAAGUUUUGGUUGCAGCCGGAUGGCCAUUGCCUGCGGCGAGCUCCGAGAUGCAAGUGAAGCAAAGAACAAAGAAGGGUGCCUUAUGGUUCUUGAACAUAUCCGCCGUGAAUAUGCUGUCCUGCAGAAGAAUCUGAAUCAAAUUGCUCAGUUCACAGUGAUCAAAGGAACAUUCCCCGUUUAA